GGCCACUGUCUCCCACCCUUUCAAUGCCACGACAGUCCCACUUUUGGAGACGUGAGCAGCGCGUAUCUGACAUCCGGAACCCCAUCUGCCCCCACCCUUUCGCUCCUUUCCCCCUCAUUCAGUCCUCUAUCGGUCCAGGUGGCAGAGCGCACUUCGACCGUGGGAUGCAGCCUCUCAUCUCCAACACAUGGACAGCGGAACUUGGAGCUGCCGCAGUGCGCCCCGGCUCCACUAGCUGAAGACGCCACUUCUCAACGGCGGAAGGAAGAGACGACGCUCCCGCGCUUAACGCUUUGGACUUCAGAUAAAAGGAUACACGUCUUCCCACUUCUUGUUUUUCUUAUAUUUUCUAACCGCAGGAGAGCAUAAACAGUUGUGUUCAAUGCGCAACCAUGCUCAUCAUCUCGUCCCGCAGCGCGCUGCUGUCCGUCUACUACCCACAGAUCUUCCUCAUCCUCACCAGCGGUAGCUACCUGGCGCUGUCCUCUGUGGUAGCUCUAGGUGCAAACAUCAUCUGCAACAAGAUACCGGGACUGGCCCCCCGUCAGAGAGCCCUCUGUCAGAGUCGCCCUGACGCCAUCAUUGUCAUUGGCGAAGGCGCACAGCUGGGCAUCAAUGAGUGUCAGUACCAGUUCCGCUACGGCCGGUGGAACUGCUCAGCCCUGGGAGAGAGGACCGUCUUUGGACAAGAGCUGAGAGUAGGCAGCAAGGAGGCAGCAUUCACUUAUGCCAUCACUGCAGCUGGAGUUGCCCACGCAGUGACCACAGCUUGUAGCCAAGGCAACCUCAGCCAGUGCGGCUGUGAUCGAGAGAAACAGGGCUACCAUGACGAAGAGGAGGGCUGGAAGUGGGGAGGCUGCUCAGCUGAUGUUAAGUACGGUGUGGAGUUCUCGCGGCGCUUUGUAGACGCCCGUGAGAUCAAGAAAAACGCCCGCCGGCUGAUGAACCUGCACAAUAAUGAGGCAGGGCGAAAGAUCCUAGAGGAGAGGAUGAAGCUGGAGUGUAAGUGUCAUGGUGUGUCUGGUUCCUGCACCACAAAGACCUGCUGGAUCACCCUGCCAAAGUUCAGAGAGAUUGGUUACCUGCUGAAGGAACGCUACAGUGGAGCAGUUCAAGUAGAGCCGGUCCGGGCCUCGCGCCUCCGCCAGCCCUCCUUCCUACGACUCAAAGAGGCUCGGGGCUACCAGAAGCCCACGGACACAGACCUGGUGUACCUGGAGCGUUCACCCAACUAUUGUGAGGAGGAUACAGCCACAGGAAGCACAGGAACACGGGGAAGACUGUGCAAUGGCACUUCGACCCACACAGACAGUUGUAAUUUGAUGUGCUGCGGUCGGGGUUACAACACACACCACUACACACGCAUCUGGCAGUGCAACUGUAAGUUCCACUGGUGCUGUUUUGUCAAGUGCAACACAUGCAGUGAGAAAUCAGAAGUUUUCACCUGCAAGUAGGGAAUGGGGAAGUGGGACAAUAUGGUUAAAGGUAAAAAAAGGUUAUGACAAAGUGGAAUUUGAAGUGAAGGACUUUGAAGUAUUUAUUUAACAAUUUGCACAUUUUUACAAAGAAAGAAAAAACAGAAGUGAGGUUUGGAGAGUAUUGGAAAAAAAGAGACAAUUAAGAAAACUUUACAUUUUUUGCACGCUGGUACAAAACUGUGACACGAUGCAAACAAGUUGCAGGAUUUGAUGUUCUGAAGCAAGGCAAUAUUCGGAAGACAAGAUCUUGCAACAUAUGUAAGAUGUAGCUUACAGAUGUCACGCACGAGAAGGAAAAACAACAAGGACUAUUGUUGGAUCUUGAGAAGACUUUUGUAACACGUUAACUGGAAAUGCUACGACAGCAAAGCGCUUCAGACUGCCAUGACAGAACAGGCUCCUGAUGACGAUUGAAAGAUGGUAGUGGAAUACUUUUAACUGUACGCUCACACUGUAUUCUGUUUGAACACUGAAAAUAAAACAAAAUUAUUUAUGUUAAGACAUUUUUUAAACCUGGUCUUAUAGGAUUGAUAGAAAACUCAAUUGCUCUUAAAGAUUAUUCCUCUCUUAUGAUCUUCAAUUGCUUCUGAUACAUUUCAAGCUGAAGAUAACAGAUUUUGAGUCACAUGGCCAUUAUCAAUUGUCAGUGGCGUAUUUUGCUGUAGAUUAGUUUUUUUUCUUUUGCACUCACAGUCACAUUUUUUUCCUCUUUUAUGGGACAUCAGUGAGUUGUGUGGUUGAGUGCUGUGCUGACAUCUCUCUCAUGGACAAAUUCCCCUCCAAACACAGAGCUUUUGUUAGGCCAAGAGGCAAAGAGGCAGAAAAUAUUCCCAAAGUAUUUUAAGCAUCCAACUUGUCAGUUUGAACAGCACUUUCCAUCCUGACCGUGUUCAUAGUUUUUUUUAAUCGGAGGGCUCCUGACUUCUGAGAAAAGCAAGUAAGCCUCUUUGGAACUCCACAGAGGUGCAAUCAGGUUCAGAUACACCCAACAUUCCCAUGAACGGCAUAGAUGUGGAAUUCCACAUUAUGGCCUCUGCUUACACAAGGCCUUCCAGCGUGGUUUAGGCCUGCCUGGGUGGAUGGCAUGUUCCCUACCAACACAGAGGGGGGUAUGAGAGGAUCAAAAGCCUCAAAGCUAUUUUUGGACAGCACCCUUAAUGUAUUUAGAAAUGUUUAUUUAGGCUUUAUAUGACUUACAAAACAAUUUGAAGAGUAUAUUUUUAUAUGAGGAACGUGGCACUUUAUGUCAUUUAUAGAUGGGAAGUGUUUUCUAAUGUCAUUGUAUUCAGAUUUGAGAACUAUAAAUUAUUUGGAAUUUAUGUUUUUAAUCAAUGCUAAAUUGUAAAUACUCCACGUGUAUUAUCAAAGUAGUCUAGAUCAUUCAUCUCGAUCACAAUUCAACGUAGGUCAUAAAAGCAAGAAUGAUUCAUCAAGUGUUGGAAAGUUUUGUGUAAACUGCUGUUAAGUAUUGGAGUAAAUUCAUGGAAUUGCAAGUAGAUAACACAUUGAAAGAAUCAGCAACCAACUAGUUUUGCAGUUUAACAUCAAAGAGAUUUCUGUGUUCCCAGUUGUCUACAUGACCCUUUCUGUAACUAGGAUCCACUCAUUGAUUCCUAAAAGCAUAGUUGUAACUAUAAAUACCACAGAGUUGCCACGGAAUAAUAAGGUAUGCAUCACUUACAAACAUGGACAGUUGUAUUUUUUCUUUUUUUACCAAUAAAAUUUGAGCAUCCUUUUAUCGCCUCUUGAGUUUUAUGUUACAUCUGGCCUUUA